AUGUUCUCAAGCGAGAAGGUCGAUUUGAUCGAGGCAGCACCAGGCAGCAGUGGAGCGGACAUCGCCACGACGCAAAACGAUGCGCCUUUAGAACCGUCAAUCGCGGCGCAGGUUGCGGUACUCUGCAGUUUUCCCAAAGUUGGCUUCCAGGUGCGGGACGUGCGGUGCGGGUGGGAGGAUGCGGAAUUCGCGGACCGGUUCACGGUGCACGUGCCGUGCGGCUGGGACAAGCUAGAAUGGUACGUGCAGUUCAACGGCAGCCGGCCGUGGGACCCACCUGACGUCAUCUUCCACUCCUCGCCUGAUGGCCUCUGCUUCCAACCCCUGCUGCUCCCAGGAGGCACGGGCAAUGACGGCAGCAGCUGGGGGCUGUUGAAGGACUGGCAGCACAACGACUCCUACCGCUUAUUGCGCCUCCUGCUGCACCUCAGGGCGCUGUUCCUACAGCAGCAGCGGCAGCAGGCAGAGGCAGUGGAGGAUGGGCGGGUGAAGUUCGAGCUCAGCACGCUGGCGCAGCAGGAGUUUGAGGUCUAUGCCCCUCUCACUGCAGGCAAGUCGACCCCAGAGGAGCUGCAGCUCGCAGUGCCAGUGUUGGAAAUCGAUCUCCGACCUCUCACAAACUUCAGGUGGUGGUCGGAUUGGCUCAAGCGCUCUGGCAGCGACCUUCACCUCAGGCUGCUGAUGAAGUUCCCCAUCUCAGGGAGCAGCAGCAGCGCCAAUGGCAAGGCCUCCACACCUCAGUUAAAGCUAGGAGGCCCUUCGCUCCUCCUCUCCCUCUUAGGUUUUCCAGAGACCAAGCUGCCUGUCUGGACAGACACCAUGUGUACAGUUGCAUAUCUGCCUGAGCUUGCUGCUUUCAUCCAUCAGCGACUGGAUAGUGCAGUCUCUUCCAUGCAAAGCCGGGCGGACUUUAUUUCUGCUCUGCCCGCGGUAUUCGGGCAACCUUUAGAAACUGACACGCAACAAUUCUCUCAAACCACGCUCUUUGUAUCAGCCAACAGCUGCAUGUGCCUGGUCCGCAUUGCCCUGCCGCCAUCCUUCCCACAGCAGCAGCCCUCCGUCACUCUGCAAUCCAUUCAUCACUUCACCGCACACAACCGCCCCGUGGCAUCAGAGCCAAUCAGCAGCUUCCCUUGGAGCCCCCGGUGGUCCCCUGCUCAGAUGGCGCAGCGCCUCAGCUCGUUCCUGGAAGAUGAAACAGUUGCUUUCAAGCGCUUCUGUAUUGAUGUCUCCAGAGAAGCUGCUUCAGCCAGAGCUUGA